AUUAUCAGGAGAGCACUUGACAACUAUGCAAUUGAAUAGAUGUCUAUUUGCUAACAAACCCUAUGCUUUCACUGUUUCACUAUUAAAUUGUAUUAUUAGUAUUAAUAUUAUAAUAAUUAUAAUAAUCACAUCAUUGAUUAAUAAUAUUGACAGCACUUGUACACAAACUUAUUGCAAUCUAACCAACUGUCCGGACACUACUACAAACACCAAAUGUUUGUACGGAAUCACAUUAGACGAGUGUCAGUGCUGUCAUAGAUGUUUAAAAACUAUUGGCGAAACCUGUGGUCCCAAUGACAGGUGCGCUGAUGGUCUCCAAUGUUUGUCUGACAGAUAUUUGGAUGCACUUCACACUAAUUUGGUGACCAAUGAUCAACGAUUAACUACAUCUACUACUGGUGUUUGCGGUGUCAUCGACUGUAGCGGCGGUGCUUCCUCUUGUAAAGAUGUCGGUGCUAUCACUGAUGGCAUGGCCUGUCAUAAUGAUAGCUACAAAUUGGUCACCACAAACAUACGUAACUGUUGUCAAACUACAUGCGUUUGUUUGCCGGGUGUUUGUAAUGAAUCGCAAAUAGUUUGUCCAAAUAAUACAGUAACCAGAGUAGUGAAACAGGCAACGGGUAGACCCGGAUCGUGUUGUAAUCAAAUUGAAUGUAUUGCUGUGCCAAAAAAUUGCAUUCAUAAUAGUUUGCAAUAUAUAAAUGGCGAUAAAUGGUUGGCCGAUAAGUGUACGACUUGUGAGUGUAGGGAUGGCCUCGCAUUUUGCUAUAAGAAAAGCUGUAAUCAUAUCGACCCUAAAAACUGUCAUUCAAUGACACAACAAUCCUAUGAUGAAUGCUGUCCCUCGUGUCAGGGUUGUAUUUCAUCAAACGGCAAGUUUUAUAAUAAUACUCAUCAAUGGUAUGAAAAUGAUUGUUCAUACUGUCAGUGCAAUAUGGGUAGGAUCAGCUGUCAGGUGCAAAUGUGUAGCCCUGUCCAUUGUGAUAAACCGGUUAGAAUUGAUGGUCAGUGCUGUCCCGUAUGCGCCACACCAUUAGUCGUGUCGUCGACCUUUUCGUGUGAUCUGUACUGUCCUCAGGGUUACAAACGUAAUGCCUUAGGACACCAGUUAUGCGAAUGUGAUAACUGUCCGAAUAAGACAUUCAAUUGCCAUAUAUUUUGUCCGUUUGGCUUCAAGAGACGGCCGGAUGGAUGUCCCAUAUGUCAGUGUAUAACAUAUUUCAAUACAAACUAUGAUAUCAAACUAGCACGCGAUGGUUGUACUUUAAACAAUGGAUCACUUAUUGUAAAUGGUUACCAAUGGGAUGACGGAUGCCGACAAUGUCUGUGUAAUUAUGGAAAAAUUAUGUGCACUAAACCCAACUGUCCAUCAGUUCAGUGUUCAGCAAAUCUAUUGAAGUCAAUUGAUGGCAUUUGUUGUCCAGUUUGCGACAAUAGCAUUAGUAGUGAUUUAAAUGAAAAUCGGGAACCAUUGACAACAGGAUCAGCUGCUAAUCCUCAUUUGUUAACUGUUGCCAUCCUAUUGACACUAUUCAUAUCAAUAGUAUUGUUGGGAAUAUUCACUUUGCUGGCCGUUUAUCUGAUUAGACGCUAUUCAAAUGUAAGAUAUACAACAAAUCGGGUACCCAUACCCUCAGACAAUACCCUCAUUCACUUAUUAUCAAACAAUAUUAAUGACAAUUGCGAUAAUAGUAGUAGUAGUAGUACUAAGUUUGAUCAUCAACGCGAUAAUGCCAUUGCUAUUGAUUAGGGGAUUAGAUUAAAAAGCUAUUAUCACCUAAAAAACAAUAAUCGCUCAAUAAAUAUGUUUAAAUACCCGGUCAGUCUGAAAACCCUACAUAUAUGAUAUACAGACACGACAACUACACCACAAGUGACUGACUCAUAUUAAACUAUAACUUUUUCAAAAUCCAUUAGUUUAAACAUCAAUUAAAAUCACCAAUAAUUUGUCAGACAUUUAAAACUAAAACCUAAAACUUUACUUAACUUUUUGUUGUUGUUUUGUGACGAAUGAGAACUAAUGACCAUUUGUUCCACAUUUUUGAUUUUAAAAUGAAAUGAUUUGACAUUUAUAAUAAUAAUAAUAAUAAACAAAACAAUUUAAUUGAU